AUGUCGACGACGCCGGCAAACCACCCCUCAGCGCAGCCUGCCGCUCCAGCUGCACAGGCUCCCACCGAAACAUGGUCGAGUUCAGCCAGGGAGACUAGCCAGAACGGCGGCGUUGCUGCUCCUCCCAAGGAGAAACGUGAUCAACAAACCGCCAAGGCCAAAAAGUCGUCCAAGCUGCCAAGCUGGAUCAAGGACAACCUCACUUCGGCCCGCUCCUGGAGAAUUGUCGCACGAUGCUGGGUUGCUACCUGGGCCAACUUUGUGCUCAUGAUUCCCGGUCCAUCUCUACGCGUGCUUGGUCAAGCCGCCUUCUUCGGAUGCAUGGUCACACUCAUGAUUCCCCCCUGCUACCCCUUCUUCCUGUUUUUCAUCGCCUUUUCACUGCUCGCCAUUGGUGCUCUCGUCGGCUGGGCGUGGGGUUGUGCUGCCGCCGCGGCAGCUUCUCGCGCUCGAAGCGUGGAAGUCUUGCAGGCCGCCACGCAACGCGUCCGUUCCUCCGCUGCCUCUUCUACCAACCCCGAAGCCUACGUUGCUCUCGCUGUCUUCAAAGGCGAAUUCCUUGACGUACGCUCGACUGCCGUCUUUGGGGUCUUCCUCAUGCUUGCAUGCUACUUUGUUGCCGUACUCCAAGUCAAGCUCCCUAAGCUCAAGAUCGGCUCCAUCUUUGUUCUCAUCCUGGUAGAUAUCAUGGCCACCUAUGGUCCCCUCUUUCCCUAUGCGAGGUACACGCUUGGUGAAAUCUUCAUGAUCCCUGUCGGCUGCUCGCUCGCUAUCUGUCUGGCCUCGCAGAUCUUCAUCUUUCCGGAGACGCUCGCCCAUGCCUGGCAACUCGGCUUCGUUGACAUGCUUGGUACCAACCGCGACCUCAUCCGCAUGCACGAGUCCGCCCUCGCCGAUGUUUCUCAGCUUUACGAUCCCCUCACUCAUCUGGACCCCCAUGCCCGCGGUGUCCAGCCUUCUAGCGAUCUGCUUCGUCGACAUCGCCAGGCAGAAGACGACGCUGCCAAAAUCGCCACCAGCUUGCUCGCCGACGUAAAGGCAAAUCGGUCAGCCCUUUCCGAGCAGAACGAAAAUUUAGAUGGGCAGAUCACCUUCCUGGGCAUGGAGUUCUAUCGUUCCUACGUUAGCUCACAUGCGAUGAAGUCCGCUUUCCGCAAAACUCGUACGGUCAGCCUGCAGCUUACGCUUCUCAACAGCUUUUGGCGACUGAUCGCCCGCGAAUUCGGUCUCGCCGAUCCGAACACUUACGACGAGAACUGGGAUCCGACCAAGGCUGAGCAGGGCUACUUGAUCGAUGGCGAACACGGUACAUAUGCUCAGCCCACCAAAGACCGCCUUGAGCCCAUCAGGCUGCACGAAACUCACACAAUCCAUCGCGCUCGCCGUGACCUGUUCACAAGCGAGGCUGCACAGCAGGUUCCGAUGUCGCGCAUGCUCAACAUCCUCAAAGGCGUUGCCACACCUUCCCUCGACGCUGCCGGCAACUCAAUCCAAGCCCUGCAAGACUAUUUCGACGCCAAUCUUUCUUGGCGACGAAAGCAGCCCAUCGACCAGGUCAUCCAUCAGCUGCACGAGACCAAGACUCGGCUCGAAAGUGCCCGCCAAGGCUUGUUCAACGACAAGAGGCUCGAACUGUUGCAGCCUUACGCCGACCAUUUCCGCGUCCUGCACCCUGACCUGGAUCUCAAGGAGCACUUUUUGCAGACCAAGGGAUCAAUUCAGUCGUUCCGAGCUGGUGGGCGCCCGCUUCACGUCUGUCUCGUCUACGUCACUACCCUGCUAGACGCCCUCGACUCUAUCUUGCGGCUGCAUGAAGAGGUGCUCAACGCCGCCGAUCGUGCCGGAUCAAAAAAACGUAUCUGGGCACCGAAGCAUCUUGGCCGCCUGUUUGCCAUUCUCAGCAGUGACAAGCAUGGCUCAGCAGAUGGUCUGGAUCGCUUCGGUUCGGGCGACGGCCAAUUCGAACGCGAAGAAGCCAUUGACGGCGAAUACAGAGAGGAUCGUGCUGGCUCAAGUUCUUCGUCGAACAGCAGCUCAAGCAACCUUUCUGGGCAUUUCGAUGGCGAAAGCGAUCUGGAUUCCGACGACGGCGAGACUCGUGCCGCCACCUCUCGCUCGUCGCGACCUACCGACGAGGAGAAAAACACCGGCUCCUCAGUCUCUUCGAAGAAGGCCAAGCGGGAACGCAAACAGCGCUUCUAUGCUCGCGAUCCAGAUGCGCUCCCGCCAACCAACAUCGGGCAUCGAAUCGGAAGGGGCGUUGCAGCCACCUAUUACUUUGUUACCGGGCCCACGGGACUCUACGCGUUGCGCAUGUGCGUUGCUACCUUUGCCGUCUGGAUCACCGCUGUACUCCCACACACUGCCGACUUUGUCUAUCAGCAUCGAGGUCUCUGGGCACUGAUCAUGGCGCAGACUGCCUUUGCCCUUUCGGGCGGCGAGCUCAUUGCCACCUUUGUGAUGCGCAUCGCCGGCACUGUGGCGGGCCUCCUGUACGGCGCCGCGCUGUGGUACGUCUCUACGGGUAACGGUCGUGGCAAUGCGUACGGAAUCGCAGCCACCACCGCGGUGGGAUUCGUUCCGCUGGUCUUCGUCCGCGUAUGGGCUCCCAAAAUGCUCCUUCUGCCCAGUAUCAUGAUGAAUGUCUCCUUCGUUCUGAUCAUGGGGUACUCGUGGAUCGACACACACCUCCAGGUGGUGGCCAACAGCGGCGUUGGGAUCGGACUGGCUUGGAAGCGUGCGCUGCUGGUCAUAAUCGGUAUGACAGUCGCCCUCAUCGUUAUGGUAUUCCCUCGCCCUGUUUCGAGCCGGUCGCUGUUGCGAAAGAACAUGGCCAAAGUGACACGCCAGCUCAAUGACUUGUUUGCCGACGUCAUGGAGGCCUGGAUCGCCAGGAAUCGCAUCCACGCGCAGGAGACCGAACGUUCUGGCUUUGCGAAUCAGGUAGCUGUAGACGAAGAAGGUGCGGGUUCAAGCAGCGAGGCGAUCGAUAAGCUAUGGCACGAGCGCGAACCAGUGAUUCGGGCUCGCUUCAUGGCCAUCGCCGUGGCGAUAGCGUCGUAUCCUAUGCAGAUCGGACUGGCCACGAUGGACUUUCACAUCCGUGGUCGUUGGCCGUCGGAAAGAUACGUGGAGAUUGCGGCGAUUCACGCCACAAUUCUCGAGUCGCUCGGCGCCAUUGUCUCAUCGGUGCGUGCCUUUGAUCAAUUGCCAACCCCCGCCGAGGGCGAUGCGAUCAAGAGGGUAACAGCAUCCAGCGAGACCCGCAUGAGCCAAAACGAUUGGCAGGUGUUGCUGUCGUCGUCGACCUCGCUUCUAGAUCCGCAGCAUCUCGCAGAGAUAUGUACAAUGUUCGACCUGCUCUCCAAAGCAUUAAAGAACGGCGAGCGCCUCAACCACGCCUCGUUCUUGCUGCUUGAGAAUCAUUUCAAAUAUGCACAUCGCAACGGCAACAUAGAACGCUUUCUGCGCAAAAGGGCCGCUGUCGAACGGGGCGAAAGCGAACAGAACACGACGGAUGGCGAGGACGUGCUCAGCUGGGGCGUACUCCUGGAUCCUAUGUACCUGCGCUACACGACGGCAAGGAUGGCUUCGUUGACGCUGGUUGCGCAGCUAGACAAGUUCAAAGCGAUCGUGCAGGACCUGGUAGGCGAGAGCUCGCUGCGUGGCUUCGACAUGCUUAAAGAGCAGUACGACGAGCGUUCGUACCGCGUUGCGGCUGCGAUCAACAACCUGUAG